GGAAUGAUGACGUUACGCUUCCAUGUGUUAUGACUGACUAUCUUUCGCUACUGUAGAAUAGUGAAAUUUGUAUCAUUUUGGUAUAGAAUUACAUUCGUGUUCUUAGAACUGAAGGACCAGGUACAUUAAACAAGAACCAGAUUCUAAACACUUUGGUGGUAGAGAAAGAAAUACACUUGACUGUGGUUAAGUUCCUUAUGUUUGAUUUCUACGUCGUUGUUGAGCCGCGGUAACGGGAGAAUUCAUUGUGUAUUAGAGUGGACAGUUCCCCAAAUCACUUGGGGGGGCCAUUUGAAGAAAACAGAAGAGUGAGCAGAGAAAAUCUACAUUAUGAAGGGUCUAUACAGAAGAGCCAACACAAGGUUUUCUGACAUGGUGAGAGAUAAAUCACUGCGCACUUCUUGGAAGAGGAAAAUGAAGGAGCGGGAGGAAAAGCAGAGGACAAAGAGCCUGGCAUUGCAGCUGCAGGAACAGCUGAAACAGGAAAAAGAGGAGAAGAAACAACGUCGUGAGAAGAAUCUAAAGCAGCGUCAAGAGAAUGAAAGGAAGGCCGAAAUUGUUCAAGUGAUCAAGAACCCAGCCAAGAUCAAGCGAAUGAAGAGGAAACAGCUCCGGCGGAUUGAGAAGCGGGAUACACUUAAAGCAAUACAUUCCAAAAGCAGCUGAGCAGACAGGAGUAAAGCAGUGAAUCUAUAUGCUUCAGAAUGUACUGCACAAACACAAACAAAAGACUUUCUGAUGCAGUCUGAUACAGUAACAUGUCUAGUUCUCCUAUAACCAGAAGUCAGGUUCUCAUUUUACCAGCUUUGUUGCAGCUGGAUUUGCACAACUUGUAUUAUGUUGGGACGUUAUCUUCCAUCUUCAGUUUUCUAGCCCCAAAAGUUCACACUCUAGUUCUCUAAGAACAUUAAGAGCGUAGCCAUUUGAUUUGGAAAUACAAGAAGGAGUUUUGCUGCUGUUGGGUUGUUCAUUUGUGUGUGUGUGUGUGUGUGUGUGUGUGUGUGUGUGUAUAUAUGUAUAUAUAUAUAUAUAUAUAUAUAUAUAUAUAUAUAUAUAUAUAUAUAUAUAUAUAUAUAAAAAUUUGGACAAGAUAAUUAACCUGUCCAUUAAAAGAGGACUAUAGGGGAACAAGUAUCACAGUAAUGUACUCAUCUUUGCGGAGAACAAUUUUGGCAAUAAAGUCAUAGUGUAUGGGCUUCUUUAUCUGUUAUAACCCAAAAAGCAAAACAGGCACGAACCGGGAACCAACACCAAUUUAACCUGUAGUAGACAACAAUUGUAGCCACAAAAUCCACUUUAUUCCACCAAUUGAACGCUUUCGUAAGAGUAUAUCACAACUUCCUCAGAAUGAAUGGAAAACUUCACACACCCUUCUCUGAAUAUCCCUCCCAAAUUGAAUCACAUGACUAAAAACACAUCCAAGCAAGGUAAAAAAAAAAAAACUUAGCUUUAAAAAAAAAAUUAAAGGUAGUGUUGCCACCUUUUCAAA